UGAGACACGUGUUGCCCUUUGGGCCUGUCUCUUUGAGAAGAGAGAGAGAGAGAGUUGAAGAUCGAUGGCUGAAGGCGCGAUGAUCCCCAGCAACUGAAGAAGAGAAGCCAGAGCUUCAGGCAGAGGCUACUUCCCUGGAGCCUUUCUUCGACGCUUAUCAUCAGGCAGAAGCUGAAUCCUGGCCUCCAACGUCACGAGAUGUCUCUCCUCCGCCUCUUCGAGACUGUCUCCGAUGACUGCGUCACACUUGCUCUCAUCCAGAUUAAAUUGACUGAUGUUACUGAUCCCAUGGUCAAUGAGAAGGUUGCUGAUCAGGAUGAGCUGCGUGAUGUUGUUCUGCUCGUGUUUGCUAACAAACCGGAUCUUCCAAAUGCCAUGAACGCAGCUGAGAUCACCGAUAAGCUUGGUCUCCACUCUCUCCGUCAGCGUCACUGGCGUAGAGGGGAAGAUUGUGGUUGA